CCAGAACAUAAACAGGUGUCAGCCUUGCGUGCGUAUGCUCUAUAGAUCAAACCGGACGUGGGCCUAAUUUGACAGCACGAGCCAGCCGUUCCAAAAGGGUUUAAGGAUUGAGUGGAGCAUUAGAAAUAGAGGUCUCUCCUCCAGGAUAUGAUAACUGUAGCCACACUGAAAUGAGUAUCAGAGAUAAAGAGCUUCAGAUACAUUUUAAACCCGGGCACGUUGAGCUUGUUCAGGAUGAAGUGUACACUCCAUACCGGCGUGUGCUUGUGACUGGCGCCACGGGUCUACUGGGCCGUGCUGUUUACAAAGAGUUCAAGAACAAUGACUGGGAUGCUUUGGGGUCGGGGUACAACCGUGCCCGGCCUUAUUUCCUGAAGUGUAAUCUCCUGGAUGAAGACGCAGUGCGAGGGGCCAUUCAGGGGUUUCAGCCUCAUGUUAUUGUGCACUGUGCUGCUGAGAGGAGGCCAGAUGUGGUGGAGCGUCAUACUGAAGCAGCCAUGAACCUGAAUGUGCAUGCUUGUGCUUCUCUGGCCAAAGAAGCAGGUGGUAUCUUCCUCAUCUACAUCAGCACAGAUUACGUUUUUGAUGGACGUAAUCCUCCCUAUGGAGAAAACGAUGCUCCCAAUCCUUUGAAUUUGUAUGGGAAGUCCAAGCUAGAAGGCGAAAGGGAGAUUCUCAGACACUGCCCAGGUGCAGCUGUACUACGAGUGCCCAUUCUGUUUGGAGAGGUGGAGAAGGUUGAAGAGAGCGCAGUGACCGUGUUGUGGGACCGUGUUCAGGAGGGAGCUGAGAGCUGCACCAUAGACCACUGUCAGCAACGCUUCCCCACUUACACUAAUGAUGUAGCUCGUGUCUGCCGGAACAUGGCUGAGAGAGCCCUUCAGGACUCUUCACUCCGUGGAAUCUUCCAUUACUCUGCCAAAGAGCAGAUGACCAAAUAUGAGAUUGCCUGUGCAAUAGCAGAUGCUUUCAACCUGCCCAGCAGUCAUCUAAUACCAAUGACAGAGCAGCCUGCUGGAGCAGGGGCCCAAAGGCCACAAAACGCCCAGUUAGAGUGCUCACGUUUGGAGCUCCUUGGCCUGAGUGUGGAGCCCACCCCUUUCAAGACUGCCAUAAGGGACAGCCUCUGGCCCUUCCAGCAUGACAAACGAUGGAGGCAGACUGUCUUUCAUUAAGGCAACAACUAUAUCCCCAAACUCCCGAAGAAAACAGGGCCACAAUCUUUAAAUUGUUUAGCAUUUCACUGAAGCAUGCAUCUUAUUUCACAGUCCUGAAUUAAAACAGGUCUACGCUUUUCACAAGUUCAGCAGCUUUGUUUGAUGUUCAAGUAUACAUUUAUUAUAGCCAACAGGUAUUUCACCUUUAUGUGUUUCUCUGCGAAUUGCACUGCGGGUUAAUAAGUCUGGCCUCGACUGUACUUGAUGUUUCUUUCCUAAAAUGUAUUACUUUAUGUAAAUGACAAGUUGAAGACAUGAAUGUUUGAUAAAGGAACUGAUGAUA